CUCGGUCUCGGAGACUCAGUUGGCAUUCUCCCACCCAGCUGGGAAGACGUACGUUGAAGGCCCAUUGCCCCUGUAACGUGGUGGAUGUUGAUGUGCAUGUGCUUGAAGGUGGCGUGAGGAAAAGUGUGAGAAAUACCCAUACUGGUCUACAAUGCCAGCCAGUAGUUUGUUCGCAGAAAUGGAGCGGCCGACACCGACUCCCAGCUCCACCUCCGCUAUGGACGAACAAAGGGCGCUGCAGUUAGCCCUUGAACUGUCCCUAAUUGGAUUAAACAACGAAACCUCGGUGCCCACAAGCGAAUCCGAGCACUACGUCGUCCAAGGCCUGGAUGCUGAGCGGGCUUCCACCAAAAGGUCCCAAAAUAUGACGGAGUGUGUGGCGGUGCCCUCGUCGGAACACGUGGCUGAGAUCGUAGGCAGACAAGGCUGCAAGAUCAAGGCUCUGCGGGCCAAGACCAACACGUACAUCAAGACGCCCGUUAGGGGAGAGGAGCCUGUCUUCGUGGUCACAGGGCGAAAGGAGGACGUGGGCAUGGCCAAGCGGGAGAUCCUCUCCGCGGCGGAACACUUCAGCCAGAUCCGCGCCUGCCGCAAGAACAACCUCAACGGCUCCAUGGCUCCGGGCCCCCCCACCAAUGUUCCGGGGCAGGUGACCAUCCAGGUGCGGGUGCCGUACCGUGUGGUGGGCCUGGUGGUGGGGCCCAAGGGCGCCACCAUCAAGCGCAUCCAGCAGCAGACCCAUACUUACAUAGUCACCCCGUCUCGGGACAAGGAGCCCGUCUUCGAGGUGACGGGGCUGCCGGAGUCCGUGGAGCAGGCCCGAAAGGAGAUUGAAGCACAUAUUGCCAUGCGCACGGGCGGCCUGCUGGACCAGGAUGAGCCCAACGCCGCGGCCGCUGCUGCCGCCGCCGCCGCCGCCGCGGCUGCUGCAGCUGCCCGUCACCACGCAGACUAUCCACCACCCUCACACGGCCUCGACAAUUUGUUCAGCCCCUCGUCCUCGGAGCUGGUGUCGUCGCUCUACAAGCUCAACAACUCCUCGCUCAAUGGUCUGGCUUCCAUCAACGGCCUCACCAAUGGGACCGGCCUCAACGGGCUCGCCAACGGUCUUUCCAACGGUUCCUCAAUCAACAGUAUCAACGGACUGAGCGGGCUGAGCGGCGGCGGGCUUGGCGGCAUGACGGGCCUCAACAACACCCUCAACAGCCUCAACACUAUCAACCAGCUCAACGACCUCAACUCCGCCUUCACGCUGCUGGGCGACGCCGGCUCCUCUCUGCUCGGGUCCUCGGGCAAGGGUAGCGGCGGUGGCGGCGGCAAUGGCGGCGGAAACGGGGCCCUCGAUUCAUCUCUCUUCUCGUCGUUCAGUGGCGGCAGCGUGGGCGGCACCAAGCUCGGCGGCGAGGUGACCAGCGGCGGCGGAAACGGCGGUGGCAGCGGCCUGGGCCUCUACGGGGUGGACGAAGGCCUGGGCUCCUUGGGCUCCUCCAUGGGGUCCUCUCCCUCCUUUGACCCCACGCCCUCCAGCAUCUGGGGUGAGCUGGGGCGCCCCAUGAGCUCCACCGUCAGCUCCAGCUCAUCCCUCAGUUCCACAUUCUCCUCCCUCUCCUCUACCUUGUCAUCCUCACUGACGCGCCGGUCGUCGUCAGUUUCAGGAUCGUCACCACCCUCCUCCCGGCUCUCCCCCUCGCUGGAGGCCCACCCCCCCGCCCGCCGCACCAGCUCAGACUCGGCCCCGGGCCUGGCCUCCGCUCCCUCUCUGGCAUCGCUCAAUUCCGCACUGACGGGGGGCCUAGGGGGCCUGGGGGGGCUGCCCUCCUCCUCCCCCUCCUCCUCCUCCCCAGCCUCCACCCCAGAUCUCACUCAGCAGCUGAACGCCUUCCAGGCCGCCCCAGGGCUGCCCCCGUCACCCGCUACCUCCACAGGCGCAGCCAUGACCCACCUAGUGAACGGGCUGGAGGAGAAGAAACGCUGCGUCACUUGCUGCGAGUCCGAGGUGGUGGCCGCCCUCGUGCCCUGCGGCCACAACCUCUUCUGCCUGGACUGCGCCAACAAGCUGGUGUCCGAGGCGGCUGAGUGCCCCAUCUGCCGCAUGAAAGUGACCCAGGCCAUCCGCAUCUUUUCCUAACGCGGCACUCAGCCCUCGCCACACGCCGCCAAGCUCGACCCACCAGCUUAUAUAGAUUAUAUUAGUCUGUAUAGCAUAUAUUUGCAGAUUGAAGAGUAUUAUCUUAAAAAUUAAUAAUGAUUUUUUAUUAAAAUAUUGUGAAGAUAUUUUUAUUUCAUUUUUUCUUACGAAAUGUAACGCAUUUUUAACGGUGUGACUCAUGUGAGUGCCGGGCCGGGCCAGGCGGCCGAGCGUCGGUGUUGGACGCGGGUCCUUCAAGUCAGAGCGGAGAACAGCUGUCGCCAGGCUGUGAUAGGCGGGCCGCGCCCCGCCAACAACUGCCAAGGGGUUACGCCCCUCCGUCGAUCUCCCACUGUUUCCUGGGUACUCGGGACGGCUCGGGGCGGGGCGGGGCAGGACGGGCGGGCAGGCAGGCAGACAGGCAGGCAGGCAGGCGGGCAGACCAGCCAGGCUUCAGCCGGCCAGGCCAACAGGGCGAAGCCAGUACCUAACCGCUCCCAGAUCUGAACCGCUGGCCCCUAGCGCCCUUCUGUCCACCGACCACCCUCCCGUUCGCCCGCCCGCCCGCCCAGCCUCCAAGCUGCCACACAACGAAUGCAACAUAUCCUCAUCAGCUCCACAUGAGCGUGUCAGCCGCCCACCAUCCAGCCAGCCGCCCGCACGCCCGCGGGUGGCCAGGUGGCCAGUGGGUAGCGUGGGAGGGCUCCAGGACCAGCGGGGCCAGGCCGGCUCCGUGACCCACCCACCUGAACGAUCGCCUCGUGCCUUGACCCCACACGCCCGGCACCACCACCACCACCACCACCACCUUCACCCACUACAACCACCACCACCACAACAACCACCUCGACCUCCACCACCACUACCACCUCUUACUCCACCAUACCAGUUCCCAACCUCCCCCAACCACCACCAUCACCGCCCAGGAGCCACCCACCAGAGUUGACCCAAUUUGUGCAUUCAUGUAAUGGAAGCAAUACAGUGAUAUUAUCUUAGUCAUAGUGCUUUAUCUAAGUUCUUGCUCAUUAUUGAUAUAAAGAAAAGAAAACUAUGAAAUGUGAAAACUUUAUUUUGUAUAGAGACGAAAAAAUCAGUAUUCUAGACCAAUUUCUAAUUUCCAAUAUAUUUAAUUAUCAAUACAUUUUUGUGAUAAUGUUUGUUUGAGUCUGACUUGAAGGACUGAGCGUCGUGCACGUGUUACACAUGACCCCCGUGCCGCGGCGAGGCGGGGCGGGGCGGGGCCUGGGGACAGCCCGGAAACAGCUGGGGGAGGGGGGAGCUCAUGGGCACCCACCCUGCUCUCCCCAGUCCCCUGAGGGGCCUUCCGACCCCUUCCAGGCCUCGCCAAGGAUCAUUUGCCAAGUUGUGUCCCUCCCCCAGAUAGCGCACGAGGCCGGGCAGGAGUCGCGGGUCCCGGGACGCGGUGCGGCGGCCCUGCACCACCACGGGACAGUUCAGAGGACUCUUGGCACUGCCAAGAGCAGAUUAUUUAGUUUUAAGGUUAUAUAUAUAUUUUUGUCCUAAGAUUUAUAUUUUUCUUUUUCUUUUAAUGGAAGUUUACAGUUGAGUGUUUUAGUUCCUUUAUGAUAUAUUUUUUCUACCUGUCCUUCCUAGCGCGUGUCAUGUAGUUUUGUUUACCCUGUGUGAGGGUAAGUGAGUCCCGGGCCCCGCGCCCCGCGCCCGCGUGCACGCCCUUCCCCGCGGCCCACCUGGCAGGGCGCGGGCACAUUGGUCAAGGUAUUUAGGUGCAAAGUUUGUCAAAAGGUAUUUUUUUGUAAUUAGGGAGAGAAUUGAUUUAGUUUGGAGCCCUGUAGAACUUAACAGAUAAUCAGCGACAGACAUGAAGCUCUGAGCGAGAGUAAUAUUACUGAUAGUUUAAAAGUGUUAUUAUAUACCCUUUCGAUUCUCACCCAAACUGUUUCAUAUUCAUUUUGUAUCAGUGUUUCCUGGGGUAACCCCCAAUGACGAGUCUGUAUGUCUCGGGGACGGAGCGGGGUGGGCGGGGCACACCCGCCUCCCGCCCACACCUUCACCCCCCACAGUGUCGCUGGGAGUCGAGUAAAGGGCGCUCUCACGCUGCCCCCCCGGCCCACCGGUGGGGCGGGACGCGGGAGGCCGCCCCCCCGCCGCCUCCCCAGUAUAAACUCUAGUAACUAAUAUACCCAACCCCAUUGUAUCUUACCAUAGAGCACAACUUAAUCGCUAUUUACAAAGAUGAAAGUUUACGUAGUUUUUCAUAUAUCUAUUUUAAUAUAUAUGAUUUAUUAGAGGAAAAUUUAUGGUGUAAUUUGUUUGUGUAGCCUAGUUGAGUGAUCUAAGAAAUUAUUUUUAUUACCUUAUUUCUAUACUGUUUCUGAGGACAUCAGAAUGCUGUAGUGUUGUAGGUGUCCUGUUGUGGUGUAGUCUAUAUCAAGUGAGAAGACGUUAUUUUUCAUUCGUUUUUUAUAAAAGAGCUGAACAACCACAUCGCCUUUGUGUUUGCUGUUGUGUGUGACGUGUCGGCCCGCGGCGCCGCCCGGGCCACCCCGGGAGGCGGCCGCCGGGACACUGUUUACGCGGCCAGAGUUGAGGUGCAGCGCCGGAUCACCACCUUCCUCUCCAGCUCGAGGCGCUAAACGAGGCUGAGCCAUAAGUUGCGGCCCCCACCUGGAGGUCACCCCUCGCUGGCCAGAGGCACCAUGGACCCAGAUCAGAGCCAAGUCUUAAAGUACUGAUGCAUUGCCUUGUGGCUUAGCACCUUUUUCGCCCCGACCUGCAUGCUUGCUGCUAGCGCGACAAGCAGUCCGGGUCUCGCACUGUGGCCGAGGACGGGGAGACGACAUCGCCCGUCCCGCCACCGCCCGCCGCCGCUGCGGAACCACCCCACGCCCGCCCCGCCGCGCCGCCCGCCCUGCCCUACCCUCCCCCUGCGAUCAUUCAACGCUAGCCAAUCAAAGCUCAGCACGGCGGGUGAGGCGGCGGGGCGCGGGUUGGUGCGGCCCUCGCGAGGUGGCGGGUUUCCUUGGUUCAGAAAACAAAAUCGGUGGAAACGUUUGGUCAGCAGCUGCUUCGUUCCAUGGGUCUUCCAGUACAGCGUUGAACAACUGUCGUCAGUGUCAUAAGUUAGUUCACAAUACCUAUGCACUCUAAUCCGUAAUGAGUUUAUUUUUUGUACUUUUCUACAGCGCCGUAUAUAUAUUGUAUGGUAAUUUUUCAUAAAAUCGUAGUGUAUACUUAGGAUGAUAAACAAAAUGAUAAAAAUACCAAAAAUAUUCUAUGCUUCUUGAUGAAGGCUUCCCGCGUUAAUCGGUGUGUACAGGGAAGCUGGGGCGGGGCCCGGCGGCCGCCCCCCCCAGGCGGCGCCGCGCCCCCCUCAGGCACAACCUAUUGCAAUAACUCAUCAAUGAUUGCUACACUAUUUUCAAGAGAUUUUUUGUCACUUAUGCAAAAAGAGAAAUAUUUAAAACCCCUUCAAGUCAGUUUGUGGCAGCCAGUCCGCCCCGCAGUGGGCCGGGCUGCUGGGGGCCUGACGCAGCCCUCGCGCCUGGGCGGGCGGCUGCCUGGCUUGCUCCUGCUCAGUAUUUUGUAACGUAACAGAUUUCUCAAUAAUAAUAUUAAUAACCAUUGCAGGGACACUCAUCGUCUCCAAUUGUUUUUAUCCAAAUGUGAUUUUUUUCGUUUUAAGUGGUUGAGCGCAGUGUUGGUGCGCGUGCCGGGGCAGGCGGGGCCGCUGGGGGCGGGACCCGGGCGUGGGGCCCACCGCCGCCCCGCCCACCUGUUCCCCGUCAUAUCCCACCCAAGUUCCACUCACAAUAUAGUCUAUAUACUUAUAACAAUGAUAUAUAUUUGAGUAUCAAGUAUAUUCUCGUAGACAUGAGCGUUCGUAACGAUGUUCUGAGGUAAAAAGCGAGGAGAGCCGCCGCGCCGCGCGUCCCCGACCGCUCCGGGUCCGGCAGUGCUGGACACUCUCCCGCAGCCGAGACUCGCUUCAAAAUUGGGGUUGUUUAGCGUCACUGAGGGGACACGUCAGAUCACUGUGGAGUGAGCGGAGGUCGGAGCUUGUAGCGAGGACCAGCGUGUUGCAGCAGGGAGGCUCGCGAGGCCAAAAGCAUAUGCUCAUUACCUGUGUCCGCGCCAGCCAGCGCCCAGGCUGGUGACGGCUGGCGCGGCCGCGUUAUUUUUCCCAGUAUUCAGAUGUAAGGGGAAGUGUAGCCGGCGGUGGACGCUCCUACAACCAGACGCUGCCCGUCACUCAUUCUUGUUACGGUCAGCUUGAGACCGUCGUCACUGACAUGUUGGGCGUGCGUUGUUCCUGCCCCUCGCCGCGGCGUCUGGGUAUGGGUCGCGACCGCUGCGGUCCACACUCCGCCCUCCACCUCUCUUCUCGUGCUCUUUGGUAUUGUUGCCUUAUAUCUGGAGAGCGAGGGAGCCGCGCCGCCACGUCCCGCCACGCCGCACUAGGGCCGCCCUCACGCCGCCCGCCUUUCGCUUGGAGGCUGCUCAUGAAGAAGGCUCCGGCGGGCCGCUGGGCGCCCUCCCUCCCCCUCUUUCUGGCCAUCAAUAGUUAAUAAAUAUUUAUAGUUAUAAUGGUAAUAUAUUCUUUAUAAUGCUGAUAUAAAAAAAAUGAAAAAAACCGAGCAUAAAGAGUAGCCCCCGGAAUAUAUCUCUGCUGAGGCGUCUCGGGGCGGGGCGCAGGCCGUGGCCGUCUGUCCCGCCCUGGGAAACUCGGCGCCAGCGAUAGCUUCGUUUUGCAUGUUUCGUACAAUAUUCACUAGUGGGAGCGAGAGGGAAGCGUGUGUUGCGCAUGCGUGCGUGCAUGUUUGUGUGUGUGUGUGUGUGUGUGUGUGUGUGUGUGUGUGUGUGUGUGUGUGUGUUUGAAACUUGAGUCAGUAAGUCAGAGAGAGAGAGGACAGAUCUCACAUGCCAGGAGCCGCUGUUCACCGCGUCUUGGAGGAGGCGGAGGGAGGGAGGGAGGGAGGGAGGAGGAAGAAGCAGGGCACUGGUCAGGCUGGCUUGGCAGGGCGCGGCGCGAGCCCUCAGCAUUACCUACAAUGCUUUGCUUUACUACUCUGCGCCAAGAACUAUUUUCUUCUUUUACCCAGAAAGUGUAUAUGUUUAGUUUAUUUUUAUAUUAGAAAUAGUUAUAAUGUUCCUAAGUGAGCUUGUAGAAUGGUUGUUCAAAUUUUGCCUUUUAUUUCUUCUUUUAUUUAACUAAGAAUGAGUGUUUUGUUUUGUGUGUGACAUUAGAGGAGCGUCGCGCCGCCGAGCCAGCCGCCGCGCCCAUCUGCCCUUACUUCAGCUCUCAUGCUUUAAGAAAAAAAUAUGCUAUCUUUCCCAAAAAAUUAUUGAGAUUUGGAAGCGAAUCAGUGUUGCAUCCAGCACAACCAGUGGCGGACGGGCGAGUGCCGCUAGGCGCCGCCACGGAGCCGCAGCCUCGAGCCUCCUGACAUGUCUUUUCUUCACCUGUAACCAGAAGCAAUAACGUGUACUCGGUAGUGUGUUCUCGUGUCAACUUGAUAUUGUGACCAGUGUAAAAACCAACAAAAAAAAAAAUAUCUGAUGGCCACGACGGUGCUGGAUGUAAGGCGGACAGAGGCAGGCCAGGGCCCGCCAGUUUUUGUCAUUUAUCAAGUAGUGAGUAUUUUUUCACGAUCUUGACAGUGGUGUCGCCGUAUUGUAGCAGAGUAGCAGUCCAGUCUCGGUUGUGUAGCGGCGUCCCGGUGCCGGAGGGCCGCCCCGUCACCCCCACUCACUGUCCCGCCCGGCCCGUCAACCUCACGGAAAUUCUAGUUGUGUGAAGUGCUUGAUGUUGUGGUGACGGCCGCCCCCCCGCACCGUGACCCACCCUCGUGUGUAAGGCCCCCCCACCCCCACCUCCUUCACCCGGCCUCGGGGCGGACUCCCACCAUACCUCACCACACUCUGUUGUCCAUCCCAUAGCCUCAUAGCUAAAUAUAUCUGUAUAUAUAGAGAGAGAGAAACAAAUAUAUACACAUUAUAAUUUUCUCAAGAUAUUUUCUACCAUAAUUUCAGAAGCGUUAUGUAACACUGGCUCAGUUGAGUGUUUCUGAAGACCUGAUGCUCCCCCCACCAUUACCCCCACCCCCUCCCCCUCCCGUCGCCCUCCGGCACAGAGUCCGCCCCCCUUCCCCUCCCCUUCGUCUUCAUCUUCCUCAUCCUCUUCCUCCUGGUAGAAAUAUAUUUUGCUACCCAUCUAUACUGUUAUUAUCAAUAUGUAAUUUUAUUACGUAGGUUAAUUUGUUAUUAAUAAUAAUAAUUAUACUUUUUUUUUGGUAUCAGUAAAGCCAGAGUACUUCUUACACGGGCAUCUUAAAUACUAUUAUAAUUAGGUCUCACGAGGUCAAUGGAAGCCGGGUUGUCCAGGGCUCUCUACUUUGACUUGACAAAGAAAACGUGAACUAGUCAAGCGUUUGGUUACUUUAUCCUCGACCCUCGGCCACUAGCCCAUCAUUAUCAUUAUUAUUGUUUUAUUGUUGGACUCAAAAGUGAUGAUUGUUUACAAGUUUGUCUAGUUAAACCUUUCGAGUAUUUUUUAUUUUUUUUUAUUAGCUGGUGUUCGGAGGCUGGGGCAAGACGCCUCCGCUCUCCGGGGCAGCGGGUGGGGGGGCGUGGCCCCCCGCCCCGCCCCGGGGAAGACAUGGGGGGCAGCCUUGCCCCGGCAGAUACACACAAGUUUUUACGGAUCACAAUAUAUUAUUUUCCUACCAUAUGUGUUUAUUUUGAUAGCAAUAUGGCCUCAGUGUACCUUUAUUUGCUUGAGCUGUUAGUUUGUUUGUUUGUUUGUCACUGGGAGGAGGGUGGCCCGCCCCCCCUCCACCGCCAGGAGCUCGCAGACCGCACCAUCUCCCUCAGACUGUACACCCUAGUUCCAUAUUAAGAUAAUGUAUUCCCAUAUAUUUUUAUUAUUGAUGUUUCCAUAUGCAUAUUAUUAAAAAUAAAUGAAAAAAACAAAUAUGAACAAAGCAUAUUUUGGAGUUAAUACCUCGGUGUGGCUACUGAUCCACUGUGGUACUUAAAAUAUAUGUAUGGUUAAUUUUUCAUGUUUGCUAAUAAUUUUAUUUUCUGAUUUUUGUGAGAGUGAUUCAAUAGAUAAAAUAAUAAAGUUACAUGUAUUAAAAGAA